AUGGAGGCAAUUGCCCCCGCCCAGGCCCCACCUGGGGGCAGUGUCUUUUCCUGGUCUUAUUCCUAUGUAUCGCGGACUGCCCUCGACACCCUCUUGUCAGAUUUCGAGAAUGACCUGGAGUCGGCGGAGAGCAAGCAGUUCGACAAGGCUCGUAGACUCGUGGUCAGCGACAUCAGCCUUCAGACGGCGGACCUGCGCCCUCUGAGAUCGACGGUGAUGGUGCUUGGUGAGUUCCAUGUUCAUGAUGAGUCGGCGAUGUUCUUGGCUGCGCCUGAGAUCGACAAGGACCUGUUGACUAGACCACGGCGUCGAGAACAUGGUCGGGGUUGGGCGGGCGCGCUGCGCUCCAAUGCGCAGCUGGACAAGAUAUUUAUCAGUGCUCAAGCCUGGCUGCUUGCGCAGUGGAAUAUCUCGGCUGCGGUGAUGGCCAAACCAGAAGAGCUCGACGGCACGGGGAUCUCGGGCCAUGGCCCAGCGAAGGCGCGCCCUGAUCAGCGCGGCUUCAGUCCAGGUGCAGAUUUUCUCGGGAACGUCGCCCUCCAGCUUCUCUACCUCCGAGAGUGGGCUGCGCCGCGCCCUCUGUCCAUGAAGGUCCACGCGGUGGCGACGUUGUGGAGAGCGGCCGAGGAAACCAUGGGGCAUUGGAGCAUGAUGUGGCAGUGUCUGCAGGAGAAGGCCAAGGGGUCUCUGCCGACUGUCUUGCGGGCGCAAGGUGUGGUGAGGGAUUUCAUGCCGUCAUGGAUGACCGUGCGGGUCAAUUCUUUCCGCGCUACAGCCAAGGAGUUCGGCGAGGACCACCCGCUCACGGCGACGUCGCCCGCGCCGCACGACAGGCCGUGGGCGAGGCGCGCAGCGACUGCCGCGCUCGUCGCGGGCACCGCGGCCGCGCUCCUGGCGGCGGCGGCCCCGCCAGGGUUCACCGGCAGCCACGCCAUGGCGCGCGCCCGCGUCAAGGACGGCGUCACGGUGCUGCAGGACCUCGAGGGCGACGCCGCGGCGGAGGCGGGGCAGUUCGACUUCUCAGAGGGCGACCCCGACGCCGCGGGCGGCGACGAGGUGAAAGACCAGAACCGACAAGUCGAGGUCAACGAGCCCUACGCGAAGCUGAGACUGCCGCCGGGCAUCGCCGCCGACCAGCGCGACGUCACGCAGUCGACGGUGAACCUGCCCACUUCGCCGACGCCGCUUCAGGGCGGGGAGGGCUGCACCUCCCGGUUCCAGAUCCCGCCGAUGCCGCAGCUGGCCACGGACUACAACGGUGCCCAGCUUCCGGACACCUGCUUCUCGCAGCCAGGGGGCGCCGACGGCCACUUUCACGUGUACCUCAUCGGCGACUGGGGCGGCCUCCCGGGCCCGUUCGGCUGGAACGGCAGCAUGAAGGCCCCCGCGCCUGCGGAUCACAGGUCGCCCGAGUUCCCUUCCCACCAGCGCAACUUCAUCUGGGGCGCGGACGACUGCGCCCAGCGCAACAUCGCCGAGCAGAUGGCGAAGAUGGCUGCGAAGAACCCCCCCGACUACAUCCUGAAUGUGGGCGACAAUUUUUACUGGGGCGGCAUCAACGUCAAGUGCGGAGGCCACGUCAGCACCGUUGAUGACUCGACCCAGCAGUGGCAGAAGGUAUUCGAGGACGUCUACGUGGGCGACGGCAUCGACGGCAAGCAGUGGCUGGGCGUCCUAGGGAACCACGACUUCGGCGGCUUCAUGUUCGUUGGCGGCUGGGACCAGGCCAUCCACUACACCUGGAUGCAGGGGGCGCCGUCCACCGGCCGCUGGGUGACCCCCAGCUUGUACUACGGCGCAAAGGUGGUCUACCCGGAUUUCAGCAUCGAUUAUUUGUUCAUCGACACCAACAAUUUCGACGCGUGGCUCCCGCACGCCGAGGAGCGCCACAACCUGUGCAGCAGGAACCACAACCCGCCCAACAUGGAGGCGAUGGGGAGCUCGACGCGGGGACCAGCCCACGCGAUGAUCGGAAUCCAAACGUGCUACGAGGCGCAGCCCAAAGGAGUGGAACAAGCCGUCUGGAACGGCCCCUCCGACGGCCUGCUCUCGCAUGGUCCCGCGAUGCACAUCGUCGACCUGAUCGACAAUUUGGUGCAACAGGAGACCAGCGGAGUCACGAGUAGCUGGGAGCUGCUGCCAGGGCCGCGGCGGAAGGCUGCCGACGCGAAGUCGCCCGACCGCGUCCAUGUCCGCAUUUGCCCCGCGCGCGUUGCCUUGCCGCUCGCUAGCCAGAACGGGAGGGUGCCGGCGCGAGACGAAACGCCGUCGCCGGCCCCCAAUCACAGCGAUGCCGUGGCCAAGGACGGGCGCCAGCGAGCCGCGAGCGCCAGCGUAACCACCGACACCGCGGCAACGCACGCGAGCUACAAGCUCCCACGGACCAGGAAGGCCCUGCGGGCGAUGGGUAGGCACCCUGACAGCAGGGGCGUCAUUCUCCUUGACGGAGGCUUUGCCAGCUCCAAAGGCUUCCCCAAACAGAGCGAGGCAAUCUACAACCUGACGCAAUUCGGCGACAGCAGGUACCUCGACAGCAACUGCGACGCCAUCCAUGUCCACGUCCCCUUCUACGUCGAGCGCGCGAGCACCCUCGCGCGCGACCGCGGCUUCUUAGACUUUUACGAUUACCUCUUCCACCACGACAUUAUCGGCCUUCGCUCGCGGUGGCGCGAAUGA